CAGAUGAUGUUGUUGUACUAUUUUGAAUUUGAAUUUGAAUCUCCAAUUCCAGUUGGCGAAUAGUGCCACUCCUCUCCUCCUCCCUCUCUGUCUGCUGUUCCCCAAACAUCAUCACUCUUUCAAACUUCUCAACUUUCCUUCUCUUGAUCCACAAAACUCACUGACGGUGAUCAUGACUGUGGCCCCACCAUCAUCCACCGGCCGCGAGCUGUCGGACCCUCCCACCGAUGGCGUCUCCAACAUUCGUUUCUCCAACCAUAGUGACCACCUCCUCGUUUCUUCAUGGGACAAGAGUGUUCGACUGUACGAUGCGAGCGCCGAUGUGCUGAGGGGAAAAUUUAUGCACGGAGGUGCCGUGCUUGAUUGUUGCUUCCACGAUGAUGCCUCAGGGUUUACUGCUUCUCUCGAUCACACUGUUAGAAGACUAGUGUUCAACUACAACAAAGAAGAUACUUUGGGGAGGCAUGAUGCUCCUGUUCGUUGUAUUGAAUACUCGUGUACAACUGGCCAAGUUAUUACCGGUAGUUGGGACAAAACUUUGAAGUGUUGGGAUCCCAGAGGUGCAAGUGGUCAGGAACGUUCUCUUGUUGGAACAUAUACUCAGCCUGAGCGUGUUUAUUCAAUGUCUCUUGUUGGCAAUCGGUUGGUGGUUGCAACUGCUGGAAGACAUGUUAAUGUAUAUGAUCUACGAAACAUGUCUCAACCUGAACAGCGAAGGGAAUCUUCUUUGAAGUAUCAAACAAGAUGUGUUCGAUGUUAUCCUAAUGGGACAGGUUAUGCUCUAAGUUCAGUGGAAGGUAGGGUCGCAAUGGAGUUCUUCGAUCUCUCUGAGGCUGGUCAAUCAAAAAAGUAUGCGUUCAAAUGUCACCGGAAAACAGAAGCAGGGAAGGAUAUUGUCUACCCUGUGAAUGCCAUUGCAUUUCACCCUAUCUAUGGUACUUUUGCUACUGGAGGUUGUGAUGGUUAUGUUAAUGUCUGGGAUGGGGACAACAAGAAGAGGUUGUAUCAGUACCCGAAGUACACAACAAGUAUUGCAGCUUUGUCAUUCAGCAGAGACGGCAGACUGUUGGCUGUUGCAUCUAGUUAUACAUAUGAAGAUGGAGAUAAACCCCAUGCGGUAGAUGCCAUAUUUGUCCGCAGCGUGAAUGAAGUUGAAGUCAAGCCAAAGCCAAAAGCUCUACCAAAUCUUGCUGCAUGAAGGAAUCUAUUUGUAUACUAAGCUAGUUUUGUAGUAAUAUUUCUGAAAAGCAGUGUUUUCCUUGACAAUAUAUAAUUGCAAACUGCUGAUUGACUUA